CUCCGCAAUGCAUAGAACCGAGGGAAUAUAUUCUGAAUAUUUCUGCGGACAUACAAAAAAAUUCUCUGAUUGUUGAUUCCCUUGUUAAACUAAACGUUCAGUGUCCACUGCAAAACAUAAAAGUUUAUUUUGGACGUUACUGUAAACAACCGAAACUUAACAUCAUGACUAAUGGUUAUUCUAAUUUUUCAUCUUUAUUUUGGGAAACAAAAGUUUUGCCAUUUUUUUCGGACGACCGAUUCAAAACCUUGAACAUCAACUUCAUUAAACAUAAUAUCGAACACUUUAGAAUACAACAACGAAUAGUAAAUGUAGAAAGUGGACUGUGGAUAUCUGCAAAAUAUAAUUGCAGUUUAGAUAAAGUUAUGAGAAUUUAUCCAUUUAUUGAUGAAACUAAAAUAGAAAAAUAUUUGAUAUUACCGCGUAUUCCCGCUGAAUGGAUAUUUCCAUGUUGGGAAAAUCUCGCAACUAAGGCCACAUUUACUAUUCGAAUCAAGCAUACCAGUAGUGAAAUAGCUCUUUCAAAUAUACGUGAUAACUCAGUGGAAAAAUCUCAAGUUUAUACAUAUACUUUAUUCCGUACACCUUUAAUAUCCACUCGUGCCGUAGCAACAGUAGUCGUACCUUCUGAAUGUACCAACUUUACCUUCAUGUCAGAUACACUUAGCAUACACAGCAGAGUACAAGUGGAAAACGACAUUUCAUACGCACGACUUCUUAUACGUCAUAUUACGAGUUUUAUUAGACUCAAGAGAAGGGAUGUUACACCAAUCUCACACGUGCAGUAUAUAGCACUUUCAACAUACUACAGCUACGAAACUAUAGUAACUACUGGACUUGUCCUUUUCAGAGACGCCGAUAUUGCAUACAAUAAAGAAAGUGAUUCGUUUAGAAAAAAAAUAGAAGUAACAUGUUUGGUUGCACGCAGUGUGAUACAAGAAGCGUUCAGUAAUUGGUUAAUUACACCUAAACAGUCUGAUUCUUGGUUUAUCGAAGGAUUUUUGACAUUUUACGGAGUUUCUCUAGUCUUUCAGAUUUACAAUGAGACUUUACUGAUGUCGAUUGUGGUUCAGACACGACGAAUGGUUUUUGAAUAUACACAAGCAUUUACUGAAUAUUAUUAUUUAAUACAAGAUAAUCCAUUUCUCAAAAACGAAACUUUUGAUAAAAUGUGGAAAGAGAGAGGAUUUAAUAUUUUCUAUAUGAUGAAUAACUUAUUCAGUAUCAAAAAUGUUCUAAACGACUUUAUUUUUGAGAAAGCGAUAAAUUUGUAUAACACUAGUACAUCAAGUCAAACAUAUAAGGAACAUUUUACUCUUGAUAGUAUAUGGAACAAUAUAACGUUUGUGCCAUCCAUAUAUAACAACAUGUAUUUGAAGAAUAUAAAUAUAACAAAUGUGAUAACUUCAUGGAUAACACAAUAUGGUUAUCCUGUAGUACAAGUAAAACGAGAAAAUGAUACACAAUUUCUAGAAAUUAUGAUUCAAGAUUGUGUUACGNUUANACAAAAGAACAUGUGUGCAUACAAGUGGUGGAUACCUAUAAUCUACGUAAAAUUAUCAAGAAAAACGUUUACUACUAAUUAUAUGUACCUAAUACCAGACGGAACAAGUAUUUUUCUUGCGAGUAUUGAAGAAAAUGAUUUUAUCAUAAUCACGGAGCCAAAUGGUUAUCGUGUCAACUAUGAUCGUAAAUCUUUAGAAAAUAUUGCUCUCUUCCUAAAAAGUGAAAACUCUGAGAAUGCAUUUAAUUUAACUGACGUCACUUUAGCACAGAUUCUUGACGAUGCUUUUUAUUUUUUAAUACAAAAUACAAAGUAUACUGUACCUCGUGCUGCAAAUAUUGAAAAUAUAGACAUAUUUUUUAAUCUUGUAAGCAAUGUAGUUCGCGGAAAGAAUUCACUUUUGCCAAGUUGGCAGAAAUGGAUAUACUGUCAAGGUUUAAUUUUAGAAAAUGGUACUUAUACGUCUGAUUUGUGGCAAAACAUAGAGAAAAUAUAUGUAACCCAGCGAAACUUAGGAGAAAUGUUUGAAUUGUCACCUUGUUCUGGGCAUAAUAUUUUGCAAUCUUUACGUUUGGUUAAUCUACAAAACAAACGGACGUUUAUUAAUAUUCUACUCAGUAGUAUAGCAAAAUAUUCAAAAAAUGUUACAUUAUUGAAAAGUAUAAUACACAAAAUAAGACGUGUUGCAAGACAAUCUAUCACAGACAAUCUAUUUGCACUGGUCACUUUUAUUAUUAACAACACUUAUUUAGAAGAAAAUCUUGAAAAGAUUAUAGACUUGUGUUUUGAAGAACUGAGUAACAUAUCUAAUAUGGAGAAGGUAAUACUUGUCAAAAUUAGAGAGAAAGUUAAGAGUCGUCGUAGGAUGUUAACUAGAAUGAAAAUGUUUUAAAGAAACUGAUAAA